AUGUCCAUGUGUUCUAGCAGUGGAUCAAAAACGGACUUCUCCGUCAUCUUUAUUGUGUUUUAUGGCUGGUGGCUGCGGGUUCCAGUUGUAGGCCUGGAGGACCUCCAGCGGAGGGGUUUUCCACACCCCUUCCUCCGCAUCUUUUCUGCACCAAAGCCGGUCCUGAGCCUCCUCACUCCAUCCACCUCCAGUCCCCCACCCCCACCCCCUCAGAGACCAUGUACUGCUUCAGUGGCUCUCCCUGUGCUCCUCAUCCCGAAGCCUCUGAACCCGGCGCUGUGGUUCAACCACUCCAUGUUCAUGGGCUUCUACCUGCUCAGCUUCCUGCUGGAGCGGAAGCCCUGCACCAUCUGUGCCUUGGUCUUCCUGGCGGCGCUCUUCCUCAUCUGCUACAGCUGCUGGGGGAACUGCUUCCUCUACCACUGCCAGGACGCCGCCCUGCCGGAUGCCGCGCACGACCCAGCCAUCGUCGGGACCUAGAGCCCGAAUCCGACCCAGAGGAUGAAGAGGGGAAAGGGGGGUACGGGGGUCAUACUGCCAUGCUGUAAAAAGGGGACGGAGCUUGC